AGAAUAUUAUAUCUGUAGGAUCUGAUUAUUUCAAAGCAAUGCUGGCUCAUAAUAAUGCUGAGACAGCGUCUGGUAAAGUGGAAAUGAAAGAAGUUGAUCCAUUAUCCCUGCAACAAUGCAUAGAAUACAUUUACACUGGUGAAUUGUCUACUACUGAUGAAAAUGCUGAAUCUUUGAUGUUUGUGGCUGAAUUACUGCAGUUGAAAGAUGUCUGUGAAGGCAUCGUUGAUUCACUUGAAGAAAAUCUCGAAUCGUCUUCGGAAUCAUUCUUUGUGACAAAAAUCGCAAACCUGUACAAUUACAAAGAAUUGAUGGAAAAAUGCGAAAAAUUCAUGCUGGAUAAAUUUGAUGAAAUUGCAGUUCUUGAUGAGUUCAAGGAAAUAGAGGAAAAGGAAUUUGUAAGAUUGAUGAAGUCACAAGAAAACAAGGCAUCAGAGAGUGUCAAGAUAGAGGCUUUGAUAUCUUGGAUAAAAUAUGAACAAAGAAAUCGCAAAAAAAUUCUGAAGCAAUUGAACAACUACAUUGAUUUGCAUAAAGUACCGGUGACUUACAGAAGAUUCCUUGUUGAAAACGAGCCAAUGGUGAAGUCAUGCUUUGAAUGCUAUCAAGCUCUAUGCAUUUCCAUGUUGGACAGCCUUAAUAUUGGUGCCUCAAAUGUUCAUUCUGCGGAGAAUAUAAAACAAGAACGAAAGGAAGCAAUUGUGGUGUUUGAUGACAACUCAAAGAGCCUUCAAUGCUUUGAUCCUCGGAAUAAUACUUGGACAAAAAUGCAGAACAUGCCUGGAUCAGGAACAGACUUUUCUGCUGUGGCUCUUGGUGACUACAUUUAUGUUCUCAUGAUUGAUCGAUCUGUUCAUCGACUGAAAUACUCAGAUCAUGAAGCUACUUGGGAGAGAAUGAAUGAUAUGAUGUAUGACCAUGGGCAGUGUCCUCCAGUUGCUGUUUUGUUUGGAAACCUAUACGUUGUUGGUCAUUUAGAUGAUAACUCAAAAUCAGUUGAAAAGUUCGAUCCAUCAAGCAACAAAUGGGAAAAAGUAAAAGACAAAAAUCUCAGCAGUCGUUUUUCAACAGCGCUGGGUGCUAGAGGUUGUAUAUACAGCAUUGGUGGAGUAGUACCAGGUCAUUGGACCAACCAAGUAGAAAGAUUUGACCCCACAUCAUCAACUUGGUCAUUUGUUGCAUCUAUGAAUGAAGCAAAGCGAUGUGUCGCAGCUGUUGAAAAUGAAGGAAAAAUAUAUGUUCUAGGUGGAUAUGCGAACAAUCACUUGACAACUGUUGAACGAUAUGAUAUUUCAACGAACGUGUGGUCCACGGUAACUCCCAUGUUAACGAAGCGGAGCUGGUUUAGUGCUUUUGUGAUUGAUUCAAAUAUUUACGCAAUUGGAGGAAAGAACAGUUCACCAGGAAGCAUGGAGAAGUUUGAUUUCAAGAAGAAUCAAUGGGAGAUGAUUGACAUGAAAACAUGA